UUCAUGCGCGUGCAUUUCUAAUAUAUUCGUUUAUCAUAUGCCUUGAAGUUGCAUUAAUGUAUAAGUAUGUAAGGAUGAAGAAACAGCAAACUGGAAAUUAUGAUCAUAAUAUUCAAACUUUGUUAAUACAAAAAAAUAACUUUUCAAAAGUUACAAAUAACAUUUCGCAUAAUGUGUUAUAUUUCACAAGUAAUAUAUUUGAAAUUCACGCUAAAGAAAGUAAAAUAACAACAGGUAAAAAAUUAAUUGUAUUUUUCAAUGUACCGGAAUACAUGCAAAGUAAUACGAGAAAGGAUACGCUGUAUAGAAACUGUGAAUAUAAAAAUUGUAUAAUUUCGUUUGAUAUAAAUAAAAUGUUAACGGCAGAUGCCGUCAUAUUUUACAUAGGAAUUAGAAAUAAGCGAAUGGAAAAAUAUCCACCAAUAGAUUUGAAACAACGAAACCCAAAUCAGGCAUGGAUAUUUACCUCUGUGGAGCCUCCUGAGCAUUUUUAUAAUACUGAUUAUCAGUCAGCAUCGUGGCAUAAUACAAUGAACUGGUCUAGUCUAUACAGACUUGAUUCAGAUAUACCAAAUCCUUACGGUUGUUUAAUACGCUCUAUGACCAUUAAUUCGCAGGACUAUGUUUCAGCCUACAGCACAAAAACAAGGAAUGCACUCUGGAUGGUAAGCCAUUGCCAGGUUUCUAGUGACCGAAAUCAAUAUGUUACAGAAUUGAUAAGGAGCGGAUUCGAUGUUGAUAUCAUAGGAGGCUGUAGUUCAGACGGAAGAAAAAUAGAUGUAGAAGAACUUGAUCAAAUUGUUCCUACUUAUAAAUAUUAUUUAGCGUUUGAAAACUCGUUUUGUAAUGAUUAUAUUUCGGAAAAGUUUUUUCAACAUUUCAAUUUAAGUUGGAUUAUUGUUGUAAGAGGUGGUGCAAAUUAUGAACGUUUACUUCCAAAAAAUACUUAUAUUAAUACAGCGGAUUUUUCAAAUAUCUCGACUCUAGCGGACUACCUCUCAAAUCUUGGAAAUGAUAAAGAAAGAUAUAUUGAAUUUCUACGUAAUAAAGACAAAUAUGUAAGCAUCCGCUGGCAUGCAAACAGAAAUUGUGAAAUAUGCAGACGAUUAAAUAAUCUAUCCAAGUAUAGAAAAACAUAUACAUCACUUAAGGAAUAUCUUACUGAUGGCCAGUGUUUUAGACCAAAGGACUUAUAAGUCAAAUUUAUAAAACACAAAUUGAAAUAAUUGUACGAUACAUGUAUUCGGAACAUACAAAUGUUUUCUAUCUGGAGAAAUAGAAAUAAUUUGAAACGUACGAACUUAGAAUAAUUCUGAUAUAUUCAACAAAGUCGAAAGCGUCAACGUUUCUAGAACUACAUUAAAGAAUUCUACAUUGCGUGUGUUUAAGGAGUGUACACUUUAAUGCAUUUAUAAAUGCCCUUUUGCAGACAAGUUUGUUAUGUAAUUGUUUUGAUUUGACCAAUACAUUUAACCAUAUACUUUUAUAGAUAUACCUAUAUAUCUAUACCUUUAAAAGCAACAAAGGUAAUCCAAUUAUCAUUGGCAACUAUAUUUUGAAAACAAUAGGCCUAAUUGUUCUACAGAAAUUGAUUAAAUAUUUCUUUUUAAUCGCAAAGUUACAUUGAAUAUUACUCUUCUGAAUAAAGGAAUCAU